AUGGCGUCCGAGGCUGACAGCGGCUCCUUGCCCUCGGAGCGCCCCUACCGCUCCCACCUUCGCCCGGCCUGCCUGGCCUGCCGGAAGCGCAAGUCCCGGUGUAAUGUCGACAAAAAUGGAGGAACAUGCUUGACUUGCCGAGCUCACGGAACACAAUGCGAGUUCCCACCGGCUCCUGGUGGAGCUUCGCCGCGGCCGAAGUCUGCUUGGAGAAAUGCCCAAGCCCGUACAUCAAAGGACCUGGGCCACCGCCCGUCCCCGCCACCUCAGCCCCUGGCUCCGACGUUCUCCUCGGAGCCUCAGUACAAUGACCAGACGAACCAGCUUACGUUGGCCGAGGCAGACCGGCGUGUGUCAAAGUCCUCAGAUGGCCAUCCUCCCAUAUUCUCACCCCAGAACAAGCGGUACCCUGAGCCCAUUGGCGAUGGCGGCGAGGAUGAGGCACAUAUUGUAGGACCAGCAGACAUUGAAGAUACUCAAGUCUUGUCCACGUACUUGUCUAAUGAUUCGUCUGUUUUGAACCGGGGUAGGAUAUCGGUGACGAGCCCACGGCAAGAGCACGGAGGUGGCUCAAGGAAACCCGUUGUCUUUACCACGGUGAGGAAGCAGCCUAUCGGUCUUCCUGACGACCGCAACCCGGCCUUCUUGAAAUGCCAGAUGAUUGAGAAACUUCUUGAGCCAAUGCUACCCGAUGUUGUCCAGCUCUUCUUUGAAAAGCCCAACCGUUGUUUCCCCUUGUUGGAUAGACAGUCCUUUGAGAAACGGUUCGCCGAGGACAGGAGGCACAUAUCGCCGGCCUUAUUGGCCUCACUCUAUGCGCAUACAAUGACCUACUGGGCGCAGUCCCCUGAACUCGUCACUCAACACCGGCCCGAUACCAGGUUUAUUUGGAAUCAGGCCAACGAUGCCCUUUACUCGGAAAUGCACCUUUCCCUAGGCAUCUCGACUUUGCUAGCCAUCCUUCUCAAUAUCGCCGGUCGGCCAUUGACUUCGAUUAUCGGCAACGGCCUUCAGCUUGGUUCCGCUAUCUCUCUAGCUCACUCACUCGGCUUAAACAGAGACUCUUCCGAUUGGGAUAUUCCAGAAGCCGAGAAGCUCCUGCGAACGAAGAUCUGGUGGGCCAUCUUUGUGUAUGAUAAGUGGUCGAGUCUGGCGUACGGCACGCCGCCGCAGCUCAGGAGCGGCCAGCACGAUGUCGCUCUUCCUACGGUAGAGCAGCUAUGCGGCUCGGCACCGAAUCCUGUCGACCACGAGGCAACGUCUGUAUACUUGGCAUUCGUCGCUCUGUCCCGUUUCCUCGACAGAUAUUUGGAGCGCAUAUAUGACCUAGAAAAGACCUCAACUACCGGUCCUUGGGACCUGGAGGUCUCGCUCACGCAGUGGGAAGACUCACUGGACAACAACAUAAGGCGGAGGAUCAUCCGCGGGGGCGAGAGUCUCGACAUACCAGGUUCAGCGAACCUACGUCUCGCGUAUCUCUACAUCAGGCUAUUGCUUCGGAAGUGGGAACUCGACGCCGAGAAGGCAGCCAACGCCGACCACACGUCUUCGAUCCCCAUGCGUUGCUAUCUUGAAGUACGACGGGCGGCCGAGGAGAUUGUGCUUCUGGUUCAAGAACUUAAAGAUCCUCAGCUUGGCGACUACUGGCUCCCGCUUCUCACCUUUGCAUUCACGUCCACCACCAAGUUCCUCCUCCGCUGCGCUUUAGAAACAGAGAACACCGUCAGCGGACUGGCGCAAAGUAUGUCGCUGAAGCUGGCACGCGAUCUCAUCAAUGCGCUGCAAAUUCAUCGCCAAAAAGCCUGGGACGUGGGAGACUUGUGCAUUGCGCAGUAUUCCGAGGUCAUUGAGAAGCUAGCUACGUCCACAUCGAGCGCAGAAUUCUCCGAGCAGCCAGUCGAUAUGCCCGAGCUUCAAGAGUUCGUGUCGACAAGCGUGCCUGACAUUGAUGAGCUCUUCCCUAGUCUAUGGGAUAUUCUGCUGCGUCGCCAGACCCCAUAUUGGCAAUGCCGACUUCCGGACGGAAAUAAUGCGGACGGACUAAUCCGACGGACUACUCCGUCCACAACUUCACAUCAUCAACACCUAACACUGGCAAGAGCCCCAAUCCCAUUGUACAUCAACUUCAGCAUAUCAAAUACCGCGCUGAGAGAGGCGACCCAGAUCGCGACUCAUUUACCCCGCACCCUCAACGCCAACUCUCGUAGGCUGUUUGCCAUCACCUCACCCCGGAACUCAUCGAUAGACUCACAUAACAUGGAGUCGAAAAGAGUCGCUGUGCUCUACCAAGCCAUAGAUCCUCCUAUCAUCAAUGGGGUGCGCAAGCCGAUGAAGCCUGGUGGAUACCGCGACUCAGGAGCCGAUAUCGCCUUCAACCUCCAAGGCAGCAAGUCUUUCAAUGCGGUUACUCCAGUUUCGACGCCCUCGCCAGAGAAAGAUACCGAGUGGUGCUUUCCGGAUACCGAAGAGGGGAUUCUAGACGCUAUCAAGAAGGGAGCAACUCAUCUCUGGGCCAACACAAUCUUAUUCGCAUCUCACCCACUACAAACUUCCACGUCCCUCGGGAGUGUCCAGGAUACACUCAAAGCGGUCGGGCAUGGGCCUCUUGUUGUUGAAAAGUACGAUGACAAGGAAUAUGUGAAUGAUUUGCUUCGCCGCAUCGGUGGCUUUACGAUGCCUCGCUCCUGGACAAUCCACUCCGACCCAGCAGUAGCAACAAAGAUUAAGCAGCUCCAAUUGCCGUUCCCGAUCGUCGCAAAACCCAUUCGCGGACGGGGAAGUCACGGCGUUCGAGUCUGCCAAAAUCUCGAGGAUCUCACUGCCCACACCAAAGUCCUCUUCCAAGAGUCGCCGAGCAUCAUGCUGGAGGAAUACCUCUCUGGCGAAGAAGCCACCAUAACCGUGAUGCCGCCGAAUGGGGAGAAAAAAGACUACUGGUCCUUGCCCAUCGUCACACGCUUCAAUCAUCAAGACGGGAUCGCCCCCUACAACGGCGUGGUAGCGGUCACUGCCAACUCGAGAGUGAUAACGGCAAAGGAGGAGGAGGACCCUGCGGCACUGGGCGUAGCAGCCCCCAUUCGUAUCGAUGUGCGACGAUUUUCUGAGAAGCCUGGAUCCGACUUUGCUCUAUUCGACGUAAACAUGAAGCCGAACAUGACCGGCCCUGGACGGCCUGGGCGGGAUGACCAGGCGAGUCUGACGCUUCUGGCAGCUGAGGCGCUGGGGUGGGACUACCCAGAGCUGUUGAGGCAGGUGUUGAGCACAUCGUCGACCUUGAAGACACUGAGGGGAUUGAAGCCAAGGGAAAUUUAA